UCAACCACAGGUCUGCCCACUUGAGCUCACAUAGGUCCAUCUUCCCUUUGCUGCUCAACAUGGCGAACUUCAGCGAUCUCAACCCCUUCGCGAAGCGGGAAUCGCAUAGUUCGACAUCCAUCACCACCUACAAGGUCCUGACUUUGCUUUCUUGGGUCCUGUCCGUGAUCACGACCGUUUACUACGAUUUCGAAUCGCCUCACGAUGGACACCUCAUUCGGCGGACGAUUUGGGGUCAGAACUAUGCCCAUCCUUCGGGCUUCACGCAGAAUGCCACCAUUACCUCUAUUUACUGGCUUGUCUUGUUCAUUCUCCAGCUAGUCUACAUCGGCCACCUCUUCUCCAACGAUUCCGCCCAGGUCAACGCUGCCGCCUCUGUUGGUAGCCACUUCAUCUUCAACAACCUGCUUCACUUUGGGUGGGUGAUGCUCUUCGUUCGCUCGCACUUCAUCUGGUCCGAGAUCUUGUUGAUCAUCAACUUCAUCAACCUCACGUCGCUGUACUUCCGCCAUAAUGCGUACCCCAAGGGCAUCCAUAUGCCCGCUGUUUCUGGUCCCCUCGCCUGGACCUUCGUUGCUCUGUACUGGAACGGUGCCAUUAUGGUCCCUGCCCAGCAUAGCUUUGUUGCUCGUAUCUUUGCCAACGUCUUCAUCUGGUCGAUCUUGGUCUAUGGAAUGUUCUUCAUUGUCAUUUACAAGGACUACACCAUGGGCUUCAACUUGAGCGUCCUCAGUGCUUCCUUGGGAGUUGCCCAGUUCUUUGACCGCGUCAUUGCAUUCCAGUGGAUCUUUGCCUUCACCAUCAUGGCAGUGCUGUUUGUCUUCACUGUGGUCGUCGCCGUACCUGCUUGGACCGGUAAGGAGGUCAGCUGGGGCACACGCCAGACUCAGCCCGAUGCCGAGCGUGCUCCUCUUCUCGGCGAAAACUAAGAAUAUUGACAAAGAAGUGUAACCUCGCCCGUACAUGCACGGACUACAUUUCUGGAAGAAGGGUAAAACCCCAAAAGUUGUUCGAUGUUGAAAAUUCUCAUAACAGUUAUCAGUCGUUGAUCGGAACUGCGGCAUUGGUCGUCCGCAGUGGAGGAAAUUAUUUGCAUCGAAAGCAUGAAGAACUUUGUCAUACAGGUAAUCAUGUGCCUCACAAGCACCAAAAAAGGGAAGGAUUUGGAGGAUUAGCAACAGAAUGCGCGAAGGUGUCAAAAAAAAAGAAUGAGAGUUCAAAUAUCAUCGUUCAGGCUUCCUUU